AUGAACAGAUUCUUCUGGAUGCUGAAACAUAACACCUUAAUGGUUGUAUACAUUGUGGCUGCAUUUGCAAUCUUAGUGAUUGUAACUGCACUAUUCUGGAUCUACAAAACAUUCUGCAAAACUCGAGUUUGUGACAGCAACAACAAAAGACUUGGGAUGUCACAAGACCUUUUUAAAUUCUCCAUAGAGGAAUUAAAGCAAGCCACCAACAAUUUUGGCGAGAGUAACCUUAUUGGGUCCGGAAGUUUUGGACCAGUUUAUAAUGGUCUGAUUAGAGAUACGAUCGUGGCGAUCAAAAAGCUCUCAGGUUCUCUUCAUCCUAGAUUCUUGGCUGAGGUUACUUAUCUGUCUACAAUUCGACAUCGUAAUGUGGUUAAUCUUUUCGGUUACUGCUGCGAAAACGGACAGCAAAUGAUCGUCUACGAGAAUUUGGUUAACGGUAGCCUGCAAGAUCAUCUACAUGAUGUACAUAGCUUUGGUUUGUUCCUUCUAGAGCUACUUACCGGUGAGGAUACUAAAGAAGCUAAAGCUUUAACAUCAAACGACGAAUUGAUUCAAUGGAUAAACGUAGAGAUCAAACCGCGAUUUUGUUCAAACACAUUUGUGGAUAAGAGAAUCAAUGGAACUUUCACGAGAGAAGCGUUGAACAGUGUAAUGAUCAUAAUGGUGAAAUGCUUGAAAUUUCCGGCGAUUACACGGCCAAAGAUGGAGGAGAUCGUGACGGAGCUAGAGAAAGUUUACCAGAAAGAUUUAACCGGUGAAGAAGAUUGUUCCACUAAAUUUACUUUAGGAAGCGAGCUUUUCUCCAUGAUCGCUUGA